AUGGAGUACCGCUGGCGUCAUGGGAGCGCCUGCACCCGGGCAGCACUGCGCCGCGGCCCGCCCACCGCGUGCCCCCCCCCCCUGCCGGCGCGCUCCCCGCAGGUCAACGGCAGCGGCGCUGCCGCCACGUCGCCGUUUGCGGCCGGCACCGGCGGCGCGUCUUUGAAUGGCAGCACCAGCGACGCGCAGGAGGACAAUGCGGACGAGCACCGCACGCCUGUGCCGCACCGCUGCGACCCCGCCGUUUGCGUUCCAACCCCACCGCCGCCGCUGCUGUCGCCGCUGCCGCCGCUGCCGCCGCAGGUCUUCGAGGCGCUCGACGCCGCGCAGCCGACGCUGAUGCACUCCCUGUCGGUGCACGUGGCGCCCUCCACCCUCGAGUGGCAGGGCAUCGGCUGCAGCUACAUGACCCCCACUGGGCCUAAGGAGGUUUUGGCGGACGUUUGGGGCAUCGCGCAGCCCGGGGAGAUGCAGGCGCUGCUGGGGCCGUCGGGCGCCGGCAAGUCCACGUUCAUGGACAUACUGGCGAUGCGCAAGAGCAUCGGAAACCUGUCGGGGCGGCUGCUGGUCAACGGGGCGCGCUCGAGCAAGCGCUUUAUCAAGAAGACGGCAUAUGUGCCCCAGGAGGACAACUUUGUGCCGACGAUGACGACAUGGGAGGUCAUGAGCUUCUACGCAGAGAUCAUCCUGCCGGGCAAGUGGUCACCGCAGCGCCGGAAGGACCGCAUUCGGGAGGUCCUGUCGGAGGUCGGCCUCGCGCACGCCCACCGCACCAUCGUCGGCGGCAUGCUGCCCGGCGGCCUCAUGAUGCGCGGCCUGAGCGGCGGCGAGCGCAAGCGGCUGGCGAUCGCGACCGGCAUCCUGGCGGCGCCAUCUGUUCUCUUCCUGGACGAGCCGACCUCGGGCCUCGACUCGUUUGCGGCACUCACGGUCAUGGGCUACCUGAAGCGCAUGGUGCGUGAGCAGAGCCACGUCGUCAUCGCCUCCAUCCACCAGCCGCGCUCCGCGAUCUGGCUGAUGUUUGACGCCGUCACGCUGCUGGCCAGCGGCCGCCUCAUGUACCACGGGCCGAGGGAGGGCAUCACGCCCUGGUUUGGGUCCCUGGGGUACCACUACGACCCCAGCCUGCACGGCGUUCCCUCGGACUGGGCGCUGGACCUGGUGGCCAUUGGCUUUGCCAAGCCGGCGCGCUUCUACGGCCACACCAUCACCACGCGCGACGAGCUCCUGUCCGUGUCGUCCAACUUCAAGGCCCACUACCUCCAGGAGAACGGCCUGACCGGCGCCGAGAGCGGCGAGGGCAAGAAGGACCGGCUUGGAAACAUCAUCCACGUCCCCAGCGCCAGCAACACCGCCGCCCUCGCCUCCGGCGGCCAGUCCCCGAGCGGCGCGCGCGAGUCUGCCGCGGGCGCGGGCGGCAAUGCGCUGCUGGCGGAGGCCAAGGGCGGCGCCGCCGCCGACGCGACGUUUGCGUCGAGCGCCUGGAAGCAGUACAAGACGCUAUUCGGGCGCGAGCUGCUGGCCAUCACGCGCAACCCCUUCGACGUCGCCGGGCGCACGCUCACGUUUGCAUGGGUCGGCAUCGUGAUGGGGAUCCUCUACUACGGGAUGCCGUUCAACGCCGGCAGCGCGCGCAGCCGCCUGAACCUGGUGUACAUGCUGCUCUCCUUCUACUGCCUGAUGCCCUACAUCUCCAUGGGGCUGUACAGCGCUGACAAAAAAUUCUACCUCAGCGACGCCUCCAGCCAGCUGUACCGCCCCCUCGCCUACUACCUCGCCAAGAUCUCGGCGAUCACGCCGUUCCAGAUCGUGUCGGCCUGCGUGUUUGGCUUCACAGUGUACGGCAUGGGCGGGCUGCGGCCCGGGUACGAGGCGGUGCUCAAGAACGGCUUCAUCAACACCGUCAUGUACCUCAUCGCCACUCAGGUGCUGCACGCGUGCGCGGUGAUCGCGCCCAACCAGGACGUCGCGUUCAUGCUCUCCAUCCUCUGGACCACCAUCCAGCUGCUGCUCUCCGGCUUCUUCGUCAACUUCCCUGAGGUGCUGAACUACUGGAUCACCUACCUGCGGUACAUCAGCGCCACAUACUACAGCUUCGAGGCCGUGGCGAUGAACGAGUUCGGCGGCGUCUACCUGUCCUGUGCCAACGGCCUCAGCGAGACCGAGGUGGCCUUCCUGCUGGGCGCCUUCCCCAACGCGUCCAACCCCCAGCGCAACCAGCUGCGCCUGUUCUUCGCCAACCCGUCCCCGGACUGCGUGCUCGACACGAACAGCAUACUGACCUACUUCAACUUCCACCGGCCGUUCUGGAUGAGCGCGGUGAUUCUGCUGGCCUACCUCGGGAUCUGCCACCUGCUGACGUUCGCGGCCAUGCUCAUCGCCGCGCGCCGCGAGCGCCGCUGA